AUGUAUGACGAGGCACUGGCGAAGGUGCCAGAUGACAUGACCUUUUACAACAACAAGUGUGCUGUUUGGAUGGAGAUGGGGCAGGAAAACUAUCCCAAGGUGCUGGAGACUUGCCAGGAUUUGAUUUCGAAACGCUAUGAGAUCAAUUCCCGAAACCCGGGAGGGGCCUCCUUCGAGAAGGUUGCCAAGGUCUACAACAGGAUGGCUUCUGUCUACGAAAAGCAGCGAAAGUUUGAUGACGCGAUUGCUAUGUAUAACAAGGCCUUGACCGAAGACAACAGCCGGCAGACUAGAAAUGCGCUGAGACAAGUUGAGCGAGCCAAGGAGAAGCACGAGAAAGAGCAGUACUUAGACGUUACGAAAGCACAAGAACACAGGGAGAGAGGCAAUGAGUACUUCAAAGCAAACAGCAUGGUGGAGGCCAAGCAGGAGUAUGAUGAAGCUAUCAGGCGUAAUCCGCAGGAUGCCAAGCUUUUCUCGAACCGUGCUGCAGCAUUCACCAAGCUUCUGGCUUUUCCGGAUGCGCUCCGUGAUUUGGACGAGUGCUUAAGGCUUGAGCCUACGUUUGUGAAGGCCUAUUCGAGGAAGGGUGCCGCUCACUUCUACAUGAAGGAAUACCAUAAGGCUCUGGCAGCUUACGACAAGGGGUUGGCUCUUGACCCCGAAAAUGUCGAGUGCAAACGUGGUAAGGAGCAGGUGGUAGCAACGAUCAUGGAAUCUCAAGGCCGCGAUGUUGACGAAGAGCAGGUGCAACAUGCGCUGGCCGAUCCAGAAAUUCAAACAAUGCUUCAUGAUCCACAGGUACGCCAGUUCCUUAAGACCCUCCAAGAGAACCCAGCAGAGGGCCAGAAGGCUAUGCGAGCGGAUCCAAAGCUUGCACAGAUAGUCUCAAAGCUUGUCGCAGCCGGCAUUCUCCGAACCCGUUAA